GGUUUUAAUCCCUUGGUAAAAGAGGGACUAUAGGCACCUUCCCAGCUUCGACCAACUAUACUAGUAUUCGAGAGCACAAGUCCACAUCAGUCAGACCAUAAUAUGCGAUACUGGAUAAUCUAACUGUGUCGCAAGCAUUGCUCCCGUGCUUCUCGUAUAGAUUCGUGGAAAGUGUCAUUGUCAAAGUGCUAAAGAAUAUCAGGGAUUAAUAGGGAGGUGUGAAUUGACAAGUGUAUUUCGUCGUACGGAUUAUAAUGGAGUGACAGCCAGUAGCAGUAUUUUUGAGGGCUUAAAAAGGACGAAGUCAGAGUGACGUUAGUACGUUUCUCGGUGCGUUUUUAACGCGAUCCACGCGCUGUUCCUGUGACGUGUAAACUUUAUGGCUGAAUAUGUAGUCAAACGUCUGUAGAAAGCUAGUAAAAUGCUAUGGCUGCCUCGAGGUUGCAUAACACCGAGGAAGAUUUGAAUGGAGAAUCUGGAUCAGAAGCUAGUAGUAUCUACCAGUCUGGUUCUGUUAUUUCAACUGUACCUGAUAGACAUGGAUUCCUGGGAGGUUCUCAAUAUAGUCCUGAACGAAAACAAGCUAUACCACCGGAGGUGAUAUUGCGACGCGAGAGAAAAUGGAUAAGAAUGUUAAACAAUUGGAAUGUUUUUAUGACAACAAAUUAUCGUAAAGUGCGAGAAAGAUGUCGAAAAGGUAUACCGCCAUCAGUGAGACUGCGAGCAUGGCUCAAUCUCUGCGGUGGUGAACUUUUAAUGAAAGAAAAUCCAAAUCUCUACGAGGAGUUAUUAAUGAGACCAGGAGAUCCAAAGUAUAUAGAAGAUAUAAAAAAAGAUCUUCAUCGACAAUUCCCUCAUCAUGAGAUGUUCGUUGAGAACGCUCCUGGACAGCAGGAACUAUUUCAAGUGCUGAAGGCAUAUUCGAUACUGAACAGCAAAGUGGGUUACUGCCAGGCUCAAGCACCAAUUGCUGCAUUUUUAUUGAUGCAUAUGCCAGCCAUACAGGCCUUCUGGUGUCUUGUUGCUGUCUGUGACAAGUAUCUUGUGGGAUACUAUAGUCAAGAGAUGGAAACGUUGCAGCGUGAUGGCGAUAUUCUCUUUGCUUUGUUGAAGAGAGUUUCUCCAGUCGCAUAUAAACACUUGAAAAAGCAAAAGAUGGAACCGAUUCUCUACAUGACCGAAUGGUUCCUAUGCGUAUACACAAGGACAUUGCCAUGGGAAAGUAUUCUACGGGUCUGGGACAUGUUCCUCUGUGAGGGCGUCAAGGUCAUCUUCAAGGUCGGGCUGGUCCUGCUCAAAUGUUGCCUGGGUCGUACGUCGCUUACGAAACGCUGUCCGACAAUGUACGAGACCCUUCAAGUAUUACGAAAUCCUCCUCAUCAGAUCAUGGAAGAGGAGGCGUUGGUGUACCAGAUACAGAGACUGAAUUUGAGCGAGGAAGACUUCGAAUACGAACAUCAGCGACAGACGUUAAGAAGAAAAGCAAAGGAUCAAGCGUCUCUACCAACUGCCAAUGGAAACAACUGAUGAAAAAGAUGGUAGCUGAUAAUUUACAACGUUUGAAAUAAAGAAAUAAGAAAGAGAAGAAAAUAAAAGAAUGUGUCGUUACAAGCUGUGCCUUUUCUCAAAAAUAUAUUGGACGACAAUGCGUAGACUGUGCGCAAUCUACUAAGUAUAAUAUUGGAGGAUGAGUAAUGCAUUCAUGAUGAGAAGGCAAUAAAAUGGCAAAAUGGUGUAUGCACGUAUUAUACAUUUUUCGAAUA